CAUGCACAUUUCAUCCCAGUCAACAGGCUCACUGUUCACCAAUGCGACCAUGCACAGCAACUUGAUGGCCUCAAUUCUCAAACCGAAUCAUGGUAUGCAAGCCAUGCUUUUACUCGGUGUCUUUCAAUGCACCCGAUCUUCCUUCCCGACACUGGGAACUUGCUCACGAGCAAACGAUUGGCAAUAUCACCUAAAGUCCUAAAACUGCACUCCCAGAGAUUCGUCACCUUGCAAUCCAUUCUGUAGAAUGUGGGAUUUCAUUCUCUAUCUUUGAUUUUAAAAUGAAUCAGUCAGACUCCGUCGACUCUAACCCAAUCCUCCUCGGAGGCUACAAUUUCGGUUUCGACCAAAACAGUACCAAUCUUACCGGUAGCCAUUUCAAAGACCACAUUCUAGUCUCCGCAAUUGCGGUCAAUGGACUCUGUGUCGUCGCUUUCUUAGCACUGGCAAUCGUGACCUGUUGCAUGAAAUUAAGUUGGAGAGCAAAAGGCAGGAAAGUGUUUGCCGUCUUGUACGGCCUGGUCGUUGCCAUGUCCCUUGCAUACGGCCGGACGUUGGCUGACGAAAUCAUCCACGAGUUCGGACUCAGCAGCGUGGUGGGCCCCUACCUCGCCCUGCCGAUCCUGAAGCAGGUCUUCGCGAACGCAACAGACACAAUCCUCAUCUUCGUCCUCUACAGUAUUAUCAGGAAUCGGUCGAAGCACCUGAGGCCCGGGACCCAAGAUCAUGCACAUGCACACCGCAUUCAUAUGGGAACUUGGCUCCUUAUCUUUCUCCUUGGAAUCGCGGACGAGAGUCUUUUCUUCUACGCACAAGCAUACGUGGAGUCCGACGACAUCGAUCCCGCCAAGGCCCUGAACAUAGUGAAUUGGUACAAGAACAUUCAUCUUUCGUACGUUAUAAUCUACUGCACUAUAAUCCUGGAGAUAUUUGCUUGCUCCGUCAGGAUCUGGCACGAAGCUCGACAAAAACAAGCGCAAAGUCCUAUUUCAAAUAUCCUGGUACAAGUUAUCGCUCCCUUUCUCGUCAUCCGCUCAAUUUCAAAUGUUGCGUUGUCAGUUAUCUAUAUUACCCUCGGCCGGAAGGAAGAGAAAUCAACUGCUGUAGUGGUGGGUAUCUUGCUUGGGCUUACCUCUGUUGUUGUUUACGUAGGAUUAGUGGUUAUAGCGUUCGAGAAGGAUUGGGAUGUACCAAAAGUUCCAACAAUUGCUCGGUUCGUAGAUACAGCACACCACCUGGAUAACGAAGCCGAUGGAAAGCUUUUCCCAUAGAUUUUCGUGCCAAUUUGGAU